GAUGUGAGGAGAGAGAGAUGUUAUUGCUGAGGCUCUGCAAACCGGCGCUGUGAAGGAAGGAGGAGGGAGUCUGAUCAGAAGACAACAAGCGUGUCGCUGGUGUCUGCUCACUCUUCAGAGACUGAACAAGCGCACCUACCUCACCUUCCCGUGGAGCCGCAGAGAUCAGAGCGCAGCCUGAACUGUCUGCCUGCAGCUCCGCCACCCUCACUCACCCCAACAUCUACAAAGAACUUUCUCUCCCUGACACACCCCCCUCCCACUUAUCGGCUCGACGUGCGGUGCGGCUCACACUGCUGCGAGCGAGCGCCGAGUCCUGCUCCAUCCUUCACAGCGGCGGCGGUCACCAGCGGAUCACACUCCCAAGCGUGCUCCCAUCAUGGAGGAGACCCUCACCUGCAGCCAUGCCACCUUCUCCCAGGUGUUUGGACGUCAGGGGCAGCUCAUGCAAGCCACCGUCCAGUCCCUCAACAGCCUGAACGACCAGAUCGCUCAGUUCAUGGUGACCAGUCCGUGUCACCUGACCGAGGAGGAGGAGGAGACCUUCCUGCCUGCUGAGAGAGACACCCUGAGAAAGUCCAUGACCUUGAUGAGACACCUGCUCAUGGAUGCACAGGGGAAAAUCCUUAAAAUGAUGGACGACAACAAGCAGCUGGCACAGAGGAUCGAUGGGGCCAUUCAGUCCGCCAGUCAGGAAGUGACCAACCUCCGCGCCGAACUGGCCGCCACCAGCUGCAGACUGGCCGAGCUGGGCGCGAGCAGCCCGCCGGGCUUCGAGAACCACCACCACCACCACCGCCACUACAACCACCACGAUGACAGCCUCCGCUACCGCGACACGCCAGUGCUCCACAGACAGAAGACGGUGGUGACAGACAUGUGCUACCCUACGGAGAUCUCCAGCUUGAUGGACUUUGGCACGCCAGACUGCCCGUUGAGCAAAGUGUUGCUGCGCGAGGAGGUGGUCCAGCUUCAGGAGGAGGUCCACCUGCUGAGGCAAAUGAAGGACAUGUUGACUAAAGACCUGGAGGAGACGCAGGGAGGCUCCACUGCCAAUCUGCUCUCCGCCACCGAACUCCGGGUGCAGCUCAGCGAGAAGGAGCAGGAGCUGGACCGAGCAAAGGAGUCCUUACAAGCUAUGAAAGCGGAUCGGAAGCGUCUAAAAGUGGAGAAAGGAGAUUUGGUCAGUCAGAUGCAGCAGCUGUACACGACACUGGAGAGCAGAGAGGAGCAGCUGAGGGAGUUCAUACGCAACUACGACCAGCACCGGAAGGAGAGUGAGGACGCAGUGAAGGUCCUGGCGAAGGAGAAGGACCUGUUGGAGCGGGAGAAGUGGGACUUGAGGAGGCAGAGCAAGGAAGCCACUGAGCAGGCCAACAUCCUGCGCUCUCAACUGGAUAUGAAGGAGAACAGGAUCAAAGAGCUGGAGGCCGAGCUCACAAUGGCCAAGCAGUCGCUGGCCACUCUGACUAAAGACGUACCCAAGCGCCAGUCUGUGAUCGUGACCACGGAGCCCAUGGUGAACGGCAGUCAGGAGUGGGUGAUGCACCCCGACCUCCCGCUCACCGCGGCCAUCAGGCAGAGCCAACAGACACUGUAUCACGGCCACAGCACGGACAGACAAGCGGUGGUCAGGAUCAGCCCCUGCCACUCUCGACAGCCGUCCGUCAUCUCUGACGCCUCGGCUGCAGAUGGUGACCGCUCCUCCACGCCCAGCGACAUCAACUCACCCCGCCACCGGACCCACUCUCUCUGCAAUUCCAUGGAGGACCUGGAGGACCAGAAGCGUAAGAAGAAGAAGGAGAAGAUGACCCUGGGCUCGCUGUCUCGGGUGUUUGCUCGAGGAAAACAGCGCAAAUCACUGGACCCCGGCCUGUUUGAUGGUACACCCACACCCGAUUAUUACAUAGAGGAGGAUGUCGACUGGUGAUGCUGAGCGUGUGUGUGUGUGUGUGUGUGGUUUCAUGUUGCUUUAAUGUGUACAGAGUGUAAGUGGUAUGACUUCGAGGGGUUCAGUUUGGAAGGGAAGGAUCAGAAGUGACUGCUCCUCCCAUAAAUGUACAGUACGUCACCCUCAAAUUGUAUGUUUGUAAAUUAUAUAUAUAUUUAUAGAUGUACAUGUAUGCAUAUGUAUAUAUGUUUACAUGAAUAUAAAUAUAUAACUGGGGUUAUUACGACAUCCUGUAGACUCGUUCAUGCUGUAAUAUCUUCCAAAUGUCUUAAUGUUUUGUGUUUUUUACAACUGGAGACUUGAAGGACUGAUGUUCAUGUGUAAAUAGGAUCAACUGUGUUUUUGUUAUUGGUUAGCUCUUUUUAUCCUUCGCUUUUAAACCAUCGCACACCACAGAGACGGACCUGAUUGAUUCGAUAGGACAUCAAUAGCGCACACUGCAGCUGUGUUGUUUAUUGAUCCAUAAAUAUGUUAUGAGCAGAGAUGAUUUACUGAGACUCUUCACAUUUAUAAAGCAGCCGCGGCGACGCUGUCUGAGAUUAUCAACGUGUGUUUGACUUCUUAUCGAGGGGAUUUAGCCACUUAAAAAAAUAUAUAUUUAUUUCCUGAAUGUGAAUGUGUGAGCGCCAAUGUUUUUCGAAAUUUCAGAAAUAACCUUGCUGACAAAACAAGUGUUUUAAAAUGGCCUGCGGCUCUCAGCCAGACAAUCUGUACUGUCCGUAAUGGCAGUGUCGUCCCUCUGUUUUAAAUGAAGUCGUAAAAACAAAACACAAUUUCUGAAUAUACCAAAAUGUUCAAUCGCACUCAAGAGACAUUUAUAAAUAAAACCCUGAAUAUCAUUGGUUUUAUGUCUGCGGAAACCCCCGGUUUGUUUAAAGGAUAUUUAUACAUUGGAAAAUGUAAAUGUCAAGACAAAUUUUAGAUAAUAGGAAGAAUAUUAAGAUUUUUAAUUCACUUUUGUAAUUUUUUAUUUGAACUAGUGUAGUUGCACCAUGUGUAAAAAGUAAAUCUCAAAUUGACGUACAUUAUCAUCACUCAUAUUUUUGAUUCUGAUUGUAGACUUGAACAACAUGGUGGGACGGUUGUGAUCUGACCAGUUAGUUUCUGAUAUCGAUUGGAUUGUCACUGAUGGAAAUUUUAUAAUACUGGUAUUCAAUUGGGAUUUUGACUCCAGCUUUUAUUUAAAUUUAUGGGGAGGCUAAGUCCCGCCCACCCACUUCCACCUCAUGAGACCUAAGUUAAUAGAAACUCAGAAGGAGUCAAGGGAGAGAUGAAAGUAAUUUUCUGAUCCAGCUUUAAAUAUGCCGUAGAUCUCACAUAUGGUGUCUGUGAAUUUGAACAUUCUACAUUCUAAUGCACUGAGAGCACUGUUUCCCAUAGUUACCAUAAACACUGUGUCCUAAAAUGACAAGUUAAAUUCGACAUUUAAAUCUUUACUGUCUGUAACUGCUUACUCAGGUUCGUGAGUCAGUGUGUUUCUGUGAGUGCGGCUGGUCGUCUGUCUGUGUGUAGAUUUGUCCCACGCAUCCCAUAUCGCUCUCUAAAUGCUCUAAAAGCUUCACACCUACAACCCCGACUCGCUGGGAACAAUGAAUUUCUCUUUUUAUUUGAAGUGAGGACACGUGAUUUUGAAAUGACUGGGAUGAUACUUAGUCGCACACAUUUGGGUUUCUGUUUCUGGAAGUCAAACAUCUCGCUGCCAUUCUGUCUCUGGAGCCUCAUAACAUUGUUUACGUGCCAACAUACGACCCAGGAAUGUGCGUUCAACACCUGCAUGUUCCCCGACUUGCUUGGAUCAGACGUCCUUGCAUCUCCAACCAAGUGAAUAACUCCACACUCCUGUGUUGCCUUGUCCAAGUUACUGUAUCUCCCCCCUGCAUUAUGAAUGCACCCCCUCUCUGUUGCCUUUGUUUUGUGAAGAAAUCCCUCCUCAUUUCCUGCAAAUGUGGCCCCAAGAAUCAUCUGUUAUUGAGGAAAGAGUUUAUUUAAAGAAUAAAAAGUCACAUAUUUAUCUGCCAGCUGUUGAGGAGGUUUUUUUCCGAAAUGGAUACAGUUGAAAAUGAGAAUCCUAUUUUAAAAUAAAAACCAGUAACUGAA